ACUUACCUACCCUUAUUUAAACUUAAAAAUCACAACCUCCUUAGAACUACGAUCUCGACACUCUCCCAAAUUCGUGCCCUAACCUUCAGUCCCUUUGUCGUUCCUUUGAACUGUCAUUGGCAAGAGCUCCGGCGUUAUUUCUCAUAGAAAAAGCGAAGAGAAGAAAUAAAAUAAAAUAAAAUGGAAGAAGAGAAUUCAAAGCCUCUCAAUUAUAUUCCAGAGGUUAUACUGAAGAAGAGGAAAAGCAAUGAAGCAUGGGCCUUGAGGAAAAAGGAGCAAUUGCAGCAGAAAAAUCUCCAGUCCAGGAAGAACAAGGACUUCAUAAAAAAGCCUGAGGAUUUCAUUUUUGAAUAUCGCAACAGGGAGGUGGACCUUAUUAGAAUGAAACGAAGGGUCAAGAGGAAUCGACCAGAACUAUUGAUUCCAAACUCCAAGCCCUUAAUAAUCAUUCGGAUACAGGGGAAAAAUGACAUGCAUCCAAAAACCAGAAAGGUCUUGUACAGCUUGGGGUUGAGAAGAAUAUUCAGUGCUGUCUUUGUUAAGCCAACUGAGGGAAUAAUGGCCAAGCUGCAGAGAGUGGAACCAUAUGUUACCUAUGGAUAUCCAAAUCUUAAAAGCAUAAAGGAGCUAAUUUACAAGAAGGCACAUGCGAAAAUAGAUAAGCGAAAAGUUCCUUUGACGGAUAAUAACAUUAUCGAGCAGGAAUUAGGAAAUUUUGGUAUUGUAUGCACAGAAGACAUGGUACAUCAAAUUGAUAAUGUUGGCCCGCACUUCAAAGAAGUUGUGUAUUUUUUGUGGCCCUUUGAUCUCGACAAGCCAGCAGAAGGAUUAAAAGGAUCAAAAACCCUAUUCAAGGAUGGUGGAGACACGGGGAACCGGCAGGAUCUCAUCAAUGAACUAAUCAAUAAAAUGAAUUAACUUAUGCCACUUGUUGUAUGAAAACUUUGGUGUUGUUUGUGAUAUCCCUCAGAUGGUCCUGGGUGCAAUUAUCUCAUUUUCAAUGUUAUAGAUUUGUUAAAUUGAAAUAUGUCCUUAUCUUUACGUCCUCAUUUAUGUCUAUUUUUUUAUGUUCCUUAUCUUUACGUCCUUUUUUUUAAAAUUGAAUUUAUACCUCAUGUUUUACAUCUC